UUUUAAAAGUUUGUUAUAAUAACAUGCAAACUUAAAGAUUCAUUUCAUCUUAACGUUUGGAUCCAAUCAGGAAAGAAACACCACCGUUCAAUGGCGCUGCUCCUAACAUUCUUCCACCGCAAGCCACCACACCGUCCUCCGGAGAUCUCUGAGAGAGACGAUUUAGUAAUUCUCACAGAGUUCCGAUGGGUUGUGCGAAGUCGAAGGAAAGGAGAGUGACUGAGUUAGGGCGAACGAGUCGGAAUGAGUCAUUGAGUUUUAGGUUUGGGAAAUUGGAUAAGUAUGUUCAACGUCAACUCGUGGCGGUUGGUUGGCCGAAGUGGCUUGUUGCUGCGGCUGGUGAAGCUGUUCGCGGUUGGAUUCCACUACGCGAAGAUAACUUUCAGAUUAUGGAAAAGAUUGGAGAGGGUACAUAUAGCAAAGUAUUUAAGGCGAGGGACCUUAAGACAGGGAAAUUAGUAGCACUGAAGAAGGUGAGGUUUAACAGUUUAGACAGGAAAAGUGUAAAGUUCGCGGCAAGGGAGAUAGUGAUUUUGAGAAAGCUUGAUCAUCCCAAUAUCACGAAGCUUCAAGGGUUGAUUACUCCUAGAUUAUCUAGUACCUUAUACCUCGUGUUUGAGUACAUGGAACAUGACUUUGCAGGUCUAUUGGGCAAUCCUAAUAUCAACUUCAGUCAACCACAGAUUAAGUGCUACAUGAAGCAAUUGUUAUCUGCUGUUGAAUACUUUCACUUGCAUGGUGUGAUGCACCGAGACAUCAAAGGGUCAAAUCUUCUUGUCAACAAUGAAGGAACGUUGAAAGUUGCCGAUUUUGGAUUGGCAAACUUCAUUACAUCGGAGCGAAAGAAGGCCCAAACCAAUCAUGUUGUCACAUUAUGGUAUCGUCCACCGGAACUUUUACUUGGUUCGACAAAUUAUGGUUCUUCUGUGGAUCUCUGGAGUGUUGGCUGCGUCUUUGGAGAGCUUCUCCUUAGGAAGGUUAUAUUUCAAGGGAAUUCUGAGGACCAACUAAACAAAAUUUUCAAACUUUGUGGCAACCCACCUACUGAAUUCUGGAAUAGGACUAAACCUCCUUUUGAAACUUUGAGGCCACAACUACCAUGUGAUGGUUGUUUCCAAGAUUCUUUUAAAGAUCUGCCUCCAACCAGUGUAAAUUUGCUACAAACUCUUCUAUCUAUUGAACCUGACAAACGCGGGACUGCCGCAUCAGCUCUCUCGUCAGAGUAUUUCAAAACACUACCUUAUGCUUGUGAACCAUCAAGCUUGCCGAAAUACCCUCCUAGCAAGGAAAUUCACGCAAAGAAAAGGGCGGAGGAGUUAAGGAAAAGGAAGGAUAGACAAGUUCGUCGAACUGAAACAAUGAAACAAUCAAGAAAGCCGCUAGAAUUCCCAGCAGAGGGUUCGGCAUUUCAAACUCAGAAUUCGCACAGGGUCCGUAGUAGAUCUCUCCAAAUCAUUAAAGAAGAGAAGGCAUCUCAAGGAAACAUUUUCUAUUCUGGCCCAUUACAAGUUUCAACAUCAAAUGCAUUUGCUUGGGCAAAGAACCAAAAAGACAAUACUUCAAUUCGAUUAGAUUGUCGAACUACUUCUAGAAGACACAGUUUCAAUGCCUUGGAUUCUUCCGUAUUUAACUCAAGGAAUAAAUUGGACACAGUAACCCAAGAAAAGAAAGAGUUUUGCCGUGGAAACACCAAAUGUAGAGGCCUUGAGCUACUUGAAAUUUAUAAGGCUUCAAAGGAUAAUCAUUGGAGUAGGUUUGAUCGUCAAAACUCAUUUGAUACUUCUGAUGAGUACACCUCGCGAGAAUUGCCGACGGUGCUUUCUGAGGGAGAAGAUCCUUUGUCCAAAAGAAGUAAUUUGAGUUAUCCGUAUCAAAGAGGAAAAGUUGAAUUUUCAGAGUCUCUAAUGUCUCAAUUAGACACGGUUGACUGAUGAGGGUUGCAUCCCGCGAAUGGUCAGACCAUCACCAUUUAAGAAAGAUAAGAAGCAUGUGACAGGAAUAUAGUAAUAGCAACUCAAGCAACAUUUUUUGAAGCUUGGAAAUCUCAACAAGUGAAUUCCUAAUUUUAUUAUAGAUGUAGGAAUUUGUUUCUCCAUGAUCUCAACUUUUCCUCCUAAUUUUUUCCAUCAUUACUAAUUUGGAAGUCUCAUACAGAAAUUAUGCUUAUUUCAUGUGUAGUAACUUGAAUUAGAUACAAGAGGUUUUAUUUCUAGAAACUAAUACACCACAUUAAUCGUUUGCAUCUUUACUUGGAGCCAUAUUCUUUGAAUUCUACUGCUUCAUGGAGAUUUAUUACAAGCAUACCCAACACAUCAUAUGAAGAGAUAUAUAAAGUGUUGUUGGCUGACUUAUUUUAAGACAAUAAUAUGCUGAAUUCUUUUUAAUUUUAUCUAUUCUGGGUUCAUGUUGAAAGUGCAACUUUACAGUGAUUAUCUAGAGUAAAUAACUCAAUUUUCUCUCACAAAGUCACACAUAAGCAUUUCCUUCUUUACUUUCUAAGACUUACCCAGUAUUUUAUAUUAACUAAAUUCUAAAACAAAUAUUAUAUGGUCUUGAUAGGAAGACAAACAAAUAUUUCUAACAACAUUGCAAACAAAAUGUCCAUCAGUUCAUGGUAAAUAUACACUAAAUAAUCAAAUCAUCUCCCAUUAAUAACAACCUCAUAUUCAUAUGGUCACAUAAUUUGAACCAUGUAAGUUUGUAUAUAAUAGUAAUAAUAUAUUAAUAAUUGACAACAUAGACAAUAUACUAAUAAUUGACAACAUAGACAAAUAGAAAAUCAGAUUGACAACAUACAGGUGAGACAAAUAGAAAACCGGAUGACAAACUCUCUUUGUUGGAAUUAAAGGUGUUAUUGAGCUCAUGAAUAGUGGACUCAAUUGAAUAUAACUGUCCUGCAAUGGAACUACCCUCUAAUGGUUGAAACAGGCAAACAUAAACCUUGACAAACUUUUUAAAACAAUUUUUUUCAAAUAGAACACAUCCCAGACUAGUUUCCAAACAUAUCUAUUUACAAGAUUAUACGUUAAUA